GAUCCGCGAUGUCACCGGAAGACGAAGUAGGGAAGGCGCCAACCCGGGAGGGGCCCGAUCGAGUUGGGACAGAACGAGGAGGAGGCGCAGGCAGGAGGCAUGGCCGGAUGUCGCGGCCCGUAGCCCUAAGCGCGGCGGGGGCGGCCGCGGCGGGGGCGGUGCUAGUGGCCGCCCUGCUCCUGUUGCGGCCUGAGGACGAAGGGCUGGGGGCCGGGUCCAGCAUGGCCGAGACAGAAGCGCUGCCGAAGCUUCGGGAAGACUUCAGGAUGCAGAAUAAAUCCGUCUUUAUUCUGGGCGCCAGCGGGGAAACCGGCCGAGUGCUGCUGAAGGAAAUCCUGGAACAGAGCCUAUUUUCCAAAGUCACGCUCAUUGGCCGGAGGAAGCUCACAUUCGACGAGGAAGCUUAUAAAAACGUGAAUCAAGAAGUGGUGGACUUUGAAAAGUUGGAUGACUACGCUUCUGCCUUUCAAGGUCAUGAGGUUGGAUUCUGUUGCCUGGGUACUACCAGAAGAAAAGCUGGGGCGGAGGGAUUUGUUCGUGUUGAUCGAGAUUACAUCCUCAAGUCUGCAGAGCUGGCCAAAGCUGGAGGGUGCAAACAUUUCAACUUGCUGUCCGCUAAGGGAGCUGAUAAGUCAAGCAACUUUUUAUAUCUGCAAGUCAAGGGAGAAGUGGAAGCUAGAAUUGAAGAAUUAAAAUUUGAUCGUUACUCCAUAUUUAGGCCAGGAGUUCUGUUAUGUGAUAGGCAAGAAUCUCGCCCAGGUGAAUGGUUGGUUAGGAAGUUCUUUGGCUCCUUACCAGAAUCUUGGGCCAGCGGACACUCUGUGCCAGUGCUGACUUUGGUUAGAGCGAUGCUGAACAACACAGUGAGACCAAGCGACCAGAAGAAGGAACUGCUGGAAAACAAGGCCAUCCUUGACCUGGGAAAAGCUGAUGGCUCUCUCAAGACAUAACCAUGCUGGAGAAAUGCUUUUUAUUGUAAAAUUCAACACUUUGUACCUCAUCGGUAAUUUCAGGGUCUAAAAAAGUUAGCACGCCUUAACUGUAGUUUUACUAUUCUUAGCCCCCCAGAUCCAAUCAAAAAAUGAUCGCACUCUGCAUCAGCAUUUUAGAGGCUAGUUGUACAUAUGUAAACAUCAACCAGGGAUCCUUGCAAAAGUAGAGAUCCAGCAGUUGCCUGGUGGUCUAUAAAAAGGAAUGACACAUGUUAUAGCAGGGGUGAAUCUUGAAAACAUCAUGCUAAGUGAGAGAGGCCACAACUAAGAUGAUUUUAUUUAGCAUUGCAUGGAAAAGUAAGAGAUUCAUAGGUCCUAUCUCAAACUUUCUGAAUCAUAAUUUUUGGGGUUUGGGCACAAAAAUCUGUUUUUUUGUUUAAGCUUCUUAUGGCUCUGAUGCCACCAGUGGGGAGGCAAGUGAAACGCUUGUCUGCAGAGUCCCAGCAGCAAUGCAGACUUUAUGUAUCAUGCAGUUGAGUUCUGAACACUCGUUGCUGGCAUUUGUGUCUCUGAGUUACCCAGUGCUGGCUGCAUGUGACUGUGUAAGUGAACACUGUGCCUUACUACUUCUUUAGAAUGUGUAAUGAAAGUUAUGUGUAAGUGAGCUUAUAUGUUAUAUGGGAGAAUUAAAUAGAGGAAUAAAAAUAAAUGGAGAAGUCCUGAGUGCCC